AUGGCGAUGGAGCCGACGGUGAAGGUGGCGCUGGGGACGGCGGCGUUCGGCAUCUUCUGGGUGCUGGCGGUGUUCCCGGCGGUGCCCUUCCUGCCCAUCGGCCGCACGGCGGGGUCGCUGCUGGGGGCCAUGCUCAUGGUGCUCCUCAACGUCAUCACCGCCGACGAGGCCUACGCCGCGGUGGACCUGCCCAUCCUCGGCCUGCUCUUCGGCACCAUGGUCGUCAGCGUCUACCUGGAGCGCGCCGACAUGUUCCGCCACCUCGGCCGCGCGCUCUCGUGGCGGAGCCAGGGCGGCAAGGACCUGCUCCUCCGCACCUGCGCCGUCUCCGCGCUCGCGUCCGCGCUCUUCACCAACGACACCUGCUGCGUCGUCCUCACCGAGUUCAUCCUCAAGAUCGCCCGCCAGAACAACCUCCCGCCCAAGCCGUUUCUCCUCGCGCUCGCCUCCUCGGCCAACAUCGGCUCCGCGGCCACCCCCAUCGGCAACCCGCAGAACCUCGUCAUCGCCGUGCAGAGCGGCAUCUCCUUCGGCGACUUCGUCUUCGGCAUCCUGCCGGCCACCCUCGUCGGCGUCGUCGUCAACGCCGCCAUCCUCCUCUGCCUCUACUGGCGGGAGCUGUCGGACGAGAAGUGCGUCGACGUGUCCCACGACGCGCUCCCCGCCGAGGUCGUCGACGAGGACGACGUCACCUCGCACCGCUUCUCGCCGGCCACCAUGUCGCACCCGCGCCGCGGCCGCCUCCCCGACGGCUCUGUCCUUCCCGACGCGGCCGGCUGCGACGCGCACUGCUCAUGCGAGCCGGUGAAGCCUGGCUCCGUCAACGGCGACGUAGCCAAGGUGGCGCCCGACGGCGUCGGGAUCCACCAGAGGCGUGGCUCUGCCGCCAGAGUGACGGCCAAGGAGGGGGAUGAGUACUGCUGCUUCAACUCGACGGAGGAGAAGGAGGCGGCCAUGGACGAGGAGUGGAAGAACAGGCUGUGGAAGACGUGCGUGUACGCCAUUACCUUCGGCAUGCUCGUGGCGCUGCUGCUGGGCCUGAACAUGUCCUGGAGCGCCAUUACCGCCGCCCUGGCGCUCAUCGUCCUCGACUUCAAGGACGCCCGCCCCUGCCUCGAGAAGCGGAUUUUACACCUGCUCACACCAAAUUGGAUUGGCCAGUGUGUUCUUUCUGAAACUAAAACUCACACCAGAAUUACUUACUACUGUGCAUCCCAAUCGUUGUUGCUUACUGUGGUGCUGCUGAAAAACAAAUUUCAGGUCUCCUACCCACUGCUGCUCUUCUUCUGUGGGAUGUUCAUCACGGUGGAUGGCUUCAACAAGACCGGCAUUCCGAGCACGUUCUGGGAGUUCAUGGAGCCCUACGCGCGGAUCGACACGCCCACCGGGGUGGUCAUCCUCGCCCUGGUCAUCCUUCUCCUCUCUAAUGUCGCGUCGAAUGUCCCGACCGUCCUGCUGCUCGGCGCACGGGUGGCGGCCUCGGCGGCGGCGAUCUCCCCGGCGGCGGAGACCAACGCGUGGCUGAUCCUGGCGUGGGUGAGCACGGUGGCCGGCAACCUGUCGCUGCUGGGGUCGGCGGCGAACCUGAUCGUGUGCGAGCAGGCGCGCCGGUCCCAGCAGUUUGGCUACACCCUCUCCUUCUUCAGCCACCUCCAGUUCGGCUUCCCGGCGACGCUCAUCGUCACCGGCAUCGGCCUGCUGCUCAUCAAAAGCAACUGA